AUGAAAGAAAAAUUGUAAAAAGAAAUAUUAGAAAACACUGAUAAUUCACACAAAACAUUAUAAGCAUUACCUUAUUUAAAUGCAGUUAUGAAGGAAACUUUAAGAUAUUAUGGUCCUACAAAUAAUAUAAUGGGCAGGAUAGCAAUAAAAGAUCAUUAUUUAGAUAACAUUUUUAUUUAUAAAGGAACAUCACUUAAUAUUUUAUCUCAUGCUAUUCAUAGAAAUCCUAUUUAUUAUAAAGAUCCUCAUGUUUUUAAUCCUUAAAGAUGGAUUGAUUAACCUAAUAAUAUUCCUUUUACUUUUAAUUCUUUUAGUUCAGGAUAAAGAAAUUGUGUUGGAUAACAUAUGGCAUAGAUGGAAGCUAGAAUUAUAGUUAACUAUUUUAUUAAGACUUUUGAAUUUGAAUGUGAUGAUAAUUAUGAAAUGAUUUAUGUUCCAUCGUUUUUGCAUGGACCUCUUCAUAAAUUAAGAAUUAAUUUGAAA